GCCAGUCACACAGGAUCCUCUCGAUGGGCCAGCACGCAACAUUUAUCUUUUUAUUACACUUUAAUAAAAAUGAAACGGUUGCGUAAAGAUAUCGAUAAAGAUGGCCGUGGAAAGAUGGUGCUGGUACCUGACGAGGAGGAGGACAUGUGGCACGCAUACAACAUCAUCAACGAAGGUGACUGUUUGCGCACCACCACCACCCGCAAGGUCCAGCAGGAGUCUGCCACCGGCUCAUCAACCUCCUCACGUGUUCGCACCACCAUAACCAUCCAGGUGUUGGACAUCCACUAUGACACUUCUGCGUGCUUGCUCAGGGUCAAGGGCCGCAAUGUGGAGGAAAACCAGUACAUCAAGAUGGGGGCCUACCACACCGUGGACCUGGAAGCCAACCAAAAGUUCACGCUCUUCAAGGAACACUGGGACUCGGUGACUCUGGAGCGCGUGGAUAAUGCUUGCGACCCGGCCAGGGUGAGUGCCGGUCCUCCUUAGCACCUGUUUCUGUCG